UCCCGCGCCCGGCGCCUCCUGCACCGACGCAUCUCCGGAGCGGUGCACGAGAAUGCAGGUCCACAGGGACGCACACGCGGGGCUCCUGCUGCCGUGGGGCUGGGUGACUAUCUGCCUGAUGAGUCUGCUGCAUCUAAACAACUUGACCUCUGUUGCCACGGAGACUACCGUCCCAGGAAUAUCUCCAUCAGUUCCUAAAAAUGAGUCCAAUGAGGAAACUACCACACUUAGCAUCCCUGGAAAUACCAGCUCCUACUUCCUUUCUCAGGAAGGCAAUGAGACCACACCAGCCAUCUCAGAGACAACGGUCAACUUUACUGCUACUUCUGGGAUUCCUUCAGGCUCUGGAACCACACAAGCUUUUGUGCAAUCACAGACAUUCCCAACCAUCACACUGCCCACCACUUCAGACAAUGCUUCCACUUCAGAGAUGACCUUGAAGCCCAGCGUGCCAUCUGUAAACGUUUCUGAUUACUCACCUACUAAUAUCAGUUCCGAGAUGAUAUCAACCACUGAAUCAUAUGCAUACACAUCAUCUUCUACUGUCCCAAUUACUAUCAAGGGAGAAAUCAAAUGUUCAGGAAUCCGAGAAGUGAGGUUGGCCCAGGGCAUCUGCCUGGAACUAGGUGAAGCAUCUAGUUGUGAUGAAUUUAAGAAGGAAAAAGGAGAGGGCCUAACCCAAAUACUGUGUGAGAAGGAGGAGGCUGAGGCUGAUGCUGGUGCUAGUGUCUGCUCCUUGCUUCUAGCCCAGUCUGAGGUUAGACCCGAGUGUUUGCUGAUGGUCUUGGCCAAUAGCACAGAACUUUCCAGCAAACUCCAGCUUAUGGAAAAGCACCAGUCUGACUUGAGAAAGCUGGGGAUCCAAGGCUUCAAUAAACAAGAUAUUGGGAGUCACCAGAGCUAUUCCCGAAAGACUCUGAUUGCACUGGUCACCUCGGGAGUCCUGCUGGCCAUCUUGGGCACCACUGGCUAUUUCCUGAUGAAUCGCCGCAGUUGGAGCCCCACAGGAGAAAGGCUGGGUGAAGACCCUUAUUACACGGAGAAUGGUGGAGGCCAGGGCUAUAGCUCAGGACCUGGGGCCUCCCCUGAGACUCAGGGAAAGGCCAGUGUGACCCGAGGGGCUCAGGAGAACGGGACCGGCCAGGCCACUUCCAGAAACGGCCAUUCAGGAAGACAACAUGUGGUGGCUGACACAGAACUGUGACUUGGCUGGGUGGGCAAAACUGGGUGGUAUCCAGGAAAGUGGCAUCUCUGCCUCUGACCUCAUGCUGCCUCCAGCUCAUGUCCUACCUUCUUACAUCACACACAUUUUAGAGACUGUUCCCAGGACUUUUCACCUUUGUGGAGGCAAAUAAACUGCCUUCUGAACGUUCAGCUCCCUGAACCCAAACUCUGACCUUUGGGUCAAGUUGUGAUGUAGAGAAGCCUAGGUCUAGAGAAGCUGCCAAGAAAACUGGUGGCUAUGUAGCACUUGCCUUGGGUCUUGUCUUCCUCUUCUCUUGCCUCUUUACAGUGACUCUUGGGAAGACUAGUUUUUCUAAGCUAUACCUUCCUCCCAAGAAACUUUGAUUUUUACUGUUUCUUCUUUCCGUUUUCUUCCCCUACUUUAGGGAAGCCAAGGUAUUCACUGACAUCUGCACCCUUAUAAGAAUACAGCCAGAAAACAGUACAUCCCUUAUACUCUUCAAGACACUGUGCAUUUAGUCACCAACUUCUUUCUUGGUCGCAUGUUCCUGAAUAUCUGUCUACAGAGGCCAGGACAACUUUCUGUCUGGUUCCUGAUACUGGGCUCCAUGCUUUAAAGCAACAGCUCACCUAGUCUCUUGGGGCCUCACAGAAAUUCUCAUCGGUUCAAUGUAGACAGAACAGUGGAACUAGUCUUUCAACUGAGCCUCUUUUUUUAUUUUGUUUUGUUUUUUGUUAUGAUUGAACCCAGAACUUCACGCAUAUUAGGCAAGUGCUCUACCACUGAGCUAUAUCCUCAGCCCUCUUCCUUCUUCUUAUUUAGAGACAAGGUUUUAUGUAGGUGACCAGGCUUGCCUUGGACUAUGCAGUCAGGCAGGCCUUAAACUUAAACUCUUACUUUAGGCUUCCAAGUAGCUUGAAUUACAGGUCUGAACUACCAGGCUCAGUUGAACUCUAUAACCUCCUGAGCUCUUCAGAAGAAUCCUUUUGCUGUGAGGCUCCUAACCUUCUGUAACUCUACGACUCUCCCCACCCUCUGACUCCUGGGGGAGCUGUGGCCUCAGUCCCCUGGUAGACUCUUUCUGUCUGUGCCUUUCCUAGCUCAACCCCCUUCAAGACUACAAUCUUCCUCUCCUGGGUCUGACCCAGGACCCCUUCUCUAAUUUUUCCAUGGGGGGUGGGGUGGGGGAAGAACAGGGAUCCUGAUUUCAAUGAGACUGGAAACAGAACUUCCCAGAGAUGAGAAGAUUGGGUGACUUUUUUUCUGAAUAAACAAUGAUGAGUGAGAAUAAUAUAAUUAAAGUGAUGAUAAAAUCUGUGCUGUGGCCUAUCAUGCUGAGUGUGCUAAGUGACAGGGUAGCUUCCAUUUCAGGCCUGGGGAAACUGUGUGGCAAUAUGGGGGAGGUCAACCAAGGAGGAGCUCUGCAUAGGGAGGGACUCAGAGACCAGACAGGAUGCCCAGAGCUUGUGACUUUUUGAAAUGUUCCCUUUCAUGCUGGGAGGCAGAGAGGCCAGAAGCUUUCUAUAGUGGAGAGAAGGGCAGGCUACAAUGCCUUUCAGUGCCCUUCAAUGCCCUGCAAUGCUCCUUCAGGAGGAUGAGGAAUGUUGGUUAUUCAAAAACACCAUUCCAAGAAGAGGGGCAUGUGAGUGACCGCAUGAAAAACAUACAAAACAAAGGAAAGGAUUUUUGUUCUGGGCAGCCUUUGUUACCUGCUCAUUCACUAACCCAGCUCAUGGUAUGACCAGAAAUAACUAUAUGAAGUCUAUUCUGGAGCUAGUUGCCAACUCCCAGAUACAGCAGCCCUAUGUAAGGACUUGUCCAUGCCAGAUUCCAGGUGACCUGCCCCCAUGCCACAUGAAGUGGAAGAGGGGCACUGCUAGAUUUUCAGCGGCAUCUGGGAACAUCCAUGUGCCAAAUAAAGGCUGAUUCUUCCAGUCUUAUUGUGCUUAAACCAGGCAUAUCCCCAGCUCAUUUCUUGCUGGCUUUUGCCUAACUUUGCUCAAAGAGACUCCCCCCUAGGAUUAAGAAAGCCGAGGGACAAGGCUAGACCUUGCCCAAAAGGUGGUGCGUGUUUGGAGCAUCAGAGAGAAGAAAGAUGGUGAUUGAAGAUAAAAUUCUAGAUAGUCACCAUUUAAUAUCAUGCCUUGUAUUGAGUUACCAGUUAAGGGCCUGGCUUUGGUUAGUGGUGUCUGGAAAGUAGUGGGAAUGGAGUCCUUGGAAACAUCAGAGGGAGAAAAGAAGCUAUGGGGCCUCAGGGCCAUUUUACCCUGCAUUUCUGAGGAUGUAGGCUUUAGGGGAAAGGUGUGUAUGUGCUGGGGGUAGAUGGAGUAGUGGCUUACUCCAAAGGCCUCAUUUGCUUCCUAAAGCCUUACUUUCCACUAGGUCUGCAAAUCAUGAUGCAGCAAUGGCACCACCUGCUGGCUCCACUGGGUUCCCACUAUUCAGUCUCAGAACUGGUACUUGAUGUGUGCUGGGUUUCUCUCUGGUGCUGUCCUACCCUUAACAGUCUAGUCAAGUUUAUCUCAUUCGUAGCACAUACACAACUAUAGAAAGGUAACGAUGGAGAGGACUUUAAAUAUAUAUUCAGUACAACUUUCUGUGUAGAGCUAACCACACUAAGCCUUUAGGAAGAUGUCCUGCUCUUAGCAUCCUGCUCUUCUGCAGAGGCCUCUAGGUUCCUCCAGUUAGCUGCCUCAAUGCCAGUGGCAUGUUUCAGAGUGAGUUUGUGACUACAUUUUUUUUUUGCAUCAUUUUACCAUUGUGUGCCAUGCCAGGACUCAAAACCCUAGCAGACUCUGAGCCUAGAAACAAAAUUUUUAGGAGGCGAUGAGGUUGCACACAUGUACCCUUCUGCCAACUUUUUAUCUGAGCAGAUAAAUAAAUGAUUUGUCUUUCAAGUCUGGACAGGCAUAUUAUCUCCUUUCUAUAUCUUCUUGAUAAAUCAAUCUUGUUUCAUGACAUAAGGCCAGGGAGAGGCAAAUAGUUUUGUGUAAUAGGAUGUUACUCAUUUCUUUACAAACCUACUCAUGGCCCAAUGAUUUUUUUCUAUCAAAAUUUAGCCAUUAAACACAUUUUAUUGAGUAUACUCUGUGUAGUGGAUGCUCUAUAGACAGGAUGAAGCAGACAUUCAUAGAACUUCUAGCUCUAGAAGAAGAGAAAGGGCAAAAAUAGUUUACCUCAGCAAACAUAUACAUACAUUUUCAAGUAAUAUAUAGAACCAUAAAAUGCAUAUGAGUUUCCCCUUCAAUAUAUUCCAGGACCUUUGGUGGAUUUAAACCUUAGAUAGUACUGAGGCCUGCAGACAAUCACUGUAAUACUUUAAGAGUUGACCUGGUAACCGUGACAACUAUCAAAGGACAGAACCCCAUUUGAGGAGUUCCCUCCACCACAUUGGCCUGUAGGCAUUCUGUGUGGCAUUUUCUUAAUUGUUGAUGAAUAUAGGAGGGCAGUCCUGGGAAGUAUAAGAAAGACAGCUGAACCUGAGCCUGAGAACAAGGCAGUAAGAAACACCCCCCCCCCCCAAAUACACACAAACACAAUCUGUGCUUCAGUUCUUGCCUUCAGGUCCCUGUCUUGAGCUCUUGAUGUAAGCCAGGUAAGCUCUUUCAUCUCCAAGUUGUUUUUGGUCAGUGUUUUAUCACAUCUACAGACAAAACUAGGACAGAAAUGAAUUGUUCCUUUCAUAGCUUUUUAUGGAACUUUUGUGGGCACUUCCAUUAUUUUGCUAGCAAUUUUAGACACCACUGGCAAUCAAACUGAUGAGACUGUUUUACCUAAGAAGUUAGUAUUCAAUAAGCAUAAUAAUCCUGUCUUGUCUUCCCUGAGCACAGCUUACCAAAGAUGAACACAGCACAAUGUAAUUCAGAGAUGGAAACACAAGCAGAUGAAGCAAUCAGAGCAACCAUUCAGUGAUGGACUCUGAAACUUAAGGGUCUCAGACACAAAACUAUAGACCAGCAGUUCUUCUAAAUGCUAAUUCAUCUGAAUGUCAUUGAUCUUGCUCAAGCAAUUCACUUUCCUCUGAAUGUCAAGACUCUCCCACAGAAGGAUUUCUUGAGUUACCCUUGGUUCAUGAAUAGAACUGUUUAGACCUGCCUGAGCUGCUUUGUGAUCAAUCCAUGAGAGUCUGGAGUCAGCCUACAACUGAAUUUUGCUCUGAUACUAUGUGACCUUGAGUGUAUUAUAUU